UCCUCCUCUGCCUGUUUUCAUAAACAAACCUUACUUUCUCUCCCGCCAGGUCAUCGCGGAUGCUCUGUCAGUCAGUGUGCCAGUUUUGUUGGACUCCUGGUUCCGUGUUGCAGGAGCUUUGAGACCAAGGCCUGGUUCGUGUUCAAAGAGAGACAGGGAGAGAGACGCGGGUAAACGCUGCAACAAGCGAAGGCUGUGUCUGUGUUGUCUUUAUUGUCCGAGUGGUCCACGCAUGGUCGACUAUCGGAACAGAGCCCGACCACGUAUCGCUGUAUUCGGAUGAUUUCCAGCUGUCAGUCUCUUUACGUCGCCGUGUAAACCGCGAGGGGCUAAUUUUCCAAACCAGACAUGGUGAAGUUGACAAAAGCCAAGACAUUCCAGGCUUACCUGGACUCCUGCCACCGGCGUUACAGUUGUGUGCACUGCCGUGCCCAUCUGGCCAACCAUGAUGAUCUCAUCUCAAAGUCUUUCCAAGGCAGUCAGGGUCGAGCCUACCUCUUUAACUCUGUGGUGAACGUCGGCUGUGGUCCUGCAGAGGAACGGCUGCUGCUCACAGGACUUCACGCAGUGGCCGACAUCUACUGUGAAAACUGUCACACCACACUGGGUUGGAAAUAUGAACAAGCCUUUGAACUGAGUCAGAAGUACAAGGAGGGGAAGUACAUCAUCGAGCUGUCUCACAUGAUAAAGGACAAUGGCUGGGACUGAGGGAAGGCUUCAUCUUUCACCAUGACUGUUGUAAAAAAAAAAGAAAAAAAAGUUGCAUCCCCUCAAUUUAAAGGGUUCCAGUGUAGCUUCCUUAUCCUGCAUUCGGGGGCCAUCGCUUCAAAUGGCUUUGCCAACAGUAGCAUGUGAUGCCUUUAUCUUUUUCUGUUCUUUGCGUUUUUCCGGCGAACCACAACAACACCUUUGCUGAUAUUGCUAUCCUAACUGCUAGUUGUGCUGGGACAUGGACUGAAUGAGUGCAGGGUUGGUGUGUGAGAGUCUGGCGGGUGUAGUCACACAGGCACGUGUGCAUGUUGGGAUUUUUAAAUCUUGUUCUAGUGAUGAAACGCUUUACGAGUGACCACAAAAACAGUCUUGCUCUGUAGAAGUGUGGAGGGCAAAUACUCGAUUGGCAUCAGAUGCAGGUAUAUGGAUUUCUUUCCCUAAUAGACUUCCUGGCCCAAACUGUGUAAAGUAUUUCGGCCUAUUUAACCCAUAGAUCAUUUACAAGGAAUGUAAAGGUUUGGGAAUAAUUCAAGCAGUGGGGAGGCUUGUUUUUUUUUCCUAUUGGUGAACUUGGUUUUUAUAGUAAUAAGCGUUUAUAUUGUGCCAAAGGCAAUCUGGGUUUUAAAUUAGUGAUGGUGAAGCCCACAAAAGUCUCCUGGAAGAAUUAUUUAAUCUGGAGUAUGAGUGUCUUGUAAUUGUAGGUAUAUACUGUAUUUUAAUGUGCCUGCGUGUGUGUGUGUGUGUGUGUGUGUGUGUGUGUGCUGAGAUGCCUUAAGCUGGAUGGUGCUGAGAAGCAUUAGUCUGGGGUUCACAGUUAUCCAAUGCUGUUGAGAUAUAUCUUCUGUGUUUGUGUAUAGCUUAAUAUUGAGCUGCCCUUAUUGACACAUUACUUAAUCAUGUUAGAGUAAAGUGUGAUUAGGAUGUUGUGUAGCAUAUUUAUGGUGAUAUUUUUUUUUAAGUGUUUGCUUCUUUCAUUCAUUAAAGUGAACUAUUUUAAACUUUUA